CAUCAAACAAAAUCAUCAAAGCCAAUCAAAUAGAGAUAGAUAUCAAGAAAGCAAAAUAAUGAAGUUGGCCGUGGUCUCAGUCGUCGUCCUACUCGUUGUUCUCGUGGCCUGGCCUGUAUCCGCUAGCCGGAAAGACUUACCAGGAUCGGGAGGAUACGGAGGCGAUGACGAUGAUGAUACAAAGUCAUGGUUUCCUUUGGACAAUCUAUUAUCGUUGAAUUACUAUGAUAGGAUUUGUCCUGAUUUUGAGAAAAUCGUUGAUAGGAAAGUGAGGGAAUGGACUAAGAGUGACUCUUCCCUUGGUCCCGCCCUCCUCCGCCUUAUCUUCCACGAUUGUGGUGUCACGGGAUGUGAUGCGUCUGUUCUUCUAGACUACGAAGGGACAGAGAGAAGAUCUCCGGCGAGCAAAAGCCUAAGAGGCUUCGAGCUAAUCGACGAUAUCAAGUCUGAGAUGGAGAAAUCUUGCCCCGGAUUAGUCUCAUGCGCUGACAUCCUAACAUCAGCUAGUCGUGCCGCCACCGUCCAACUCGGUGGUCCUUACUGGCCCAACGUCUACGGUCGUCGUGACUCUAAAAACUCUUACGCUAGAGACGUCGAGAAAGUCCCUUCAGGCCGCCGUGAUGUUACCGCCCUUCUCGAAACGUUUCAAUCGUACGGUCUCAACAUCCUCGACCUAGUUGUCCUCUCCGGUGCCCACACCAUCGGAAAAGCCUACUGUGGUACCAUCCAGUCGAGGCUUUACAACUACAACGCAACCAAUGGUUCAGAUCCUUCGAUUGACCCAAAAUACGCAGAUUACUUGCGACGCAGGUGUCGCUGGGCCUCUGAGACCGUUGAGCUCGACGCCGUAACUCCAGCAGUGUUCGAUAAUCAGUACUACAUUAAUCUUCAGAAGCAUAUGGGAGUUUUGUCGACUGAUCAGGAGCUUGUUAAGGACCCAAGGACCGCUCCACUUGUAAAGGCUUUCGCGGAACAACCACCUCAGAUGUUCAGACAACAGUUUGCUGUGUCAAUGGCUAAGCUGGUCAAUGUUGGUGUCCUCACUGGUGAAGAUCGUAUCGGAGAGAUCAGGAAGGUUUGCAGCAAAUCUAACUCCAGACGUUACUAAUAACAAUUAUAUCUCUCAUAUGAGUUUUCUAAAAGAACCUUCUGUUUCUUGGUGUAAUUUCUUGUUUGGUUUUAAUUUUUGAGCCCUUUUCAAUCGCAAUUUGUAUUAUGAACAAAAAUGUGAAUCUUGU